AUGUCGGCACAAGGGUAUUACAACAACCAGGGUCCUCAGUACCCGCAGCAGAGCUAUGGCCCACCCCAAGGCGGCUACAACCAACAAUACGGCGGCCCACCCCCAGGACAGCAAAUGUACUACGGUCAGCAGCAGGGCCAGUACCAGCAGGGCCCGCCCAUGCAGCAGCAGCAGUACCAACAGCCGAAGGAGAAGAAGGACCAUGGGAUGGGACGACAGGCCGACACGCAAUAA